ACUUUGGCGCCGUAUUCCGACAAAUGUCUGAUGGAAUUUCAUUGGUCAAUAAAAGUUGUUUAAAUCACUGUGAUUGGUUCUUAACUGACUGUUACUUAGCAUCGAGUGGAAAUAGUUGUAAUCAAGAAUUUUUAAAAGGUAUUCAACAUGACAGAAAGUUGACGCAAAUGGGAGGUUAGUCCCUCCCCCUUUCCCCUUUCUGUCCCCACCCACUGAAAUAAACACAAAGAAUCAUGGGAGAUCAAGGAACGGGCAAGUUGACGGCAAGCCUGGAAGAUCUCUCGCUGAAGAAGCAGCUUCCACUACGUCAACAGGCCCAGAAACCCAUGUUAAAAUACAGCAACAAUGCCAUCAAACCAGUACAGUUGUUUAAUCACGCUGACUUGAUGUCAAUACGCAGCAAUGCCGAAGCGGCCCGUAACGCAUACAGUAGUCUAAGUAACGCUUCCACGACCAGUACCAUGUCAACUCCAUUCCGAUCCAGUAUUAAACCAGCUCCCAGCCCACAAAUGUUACUGCAACCAGCGACAGGUGCAAAUGGACAUCAAGCCAAUUCCACUUCCUCUGGCCCAGUCAAAACUUCCCCUACUAAAGGGCAUUCAAAUCCAUAUGCACGACCUCUAAGUGCCAAGGACAUCGUAAGUGAUCUUCAACACCAGCAGAAGAUUAAAAAGACCCCAAGCUCCACUCAGACUCAAUCUGGGCCCGGCUCUAUGUACACAAGUGGCGGGUCGGGAACCCCUAUGUUUGGAUUUCCAGUGAAUGCAUUCAUGAGACCUCAAAGUGCUUUAAGGAAGGAAAAUUCUGCUCAAAGUACUAGUACCAAGUCUAUGUCCGAUUCUAAAAACAGCAUUAAUUCACAAAGUUCUAGUGCGAAAUCGAGUGUCGCUGAUGGAAGUCCAAAUAAGACUGGUUCCAAAGUCAGCCCUAAAAAGGUUAUUCCGCCCACUAGACUGGAACGAGAGACAGAUUUAAGCCAGACUGGUUUAGCAAACUCUAAUUCUGGUUCCCAGACCAUGAAAAACCAGUUUGGGCAAGCUAAGCCGGCUGCAAGUAUGAGCUCUGAAAGAGUGAAACAGAGCCCUGAGAAAGCAAAUGUUGUUAAUAAUAAUACAUCUAGUCCGUCCAAAGUAACUGCUGCUUCACAAACUCCUAAUAGUGCUAUUGCUAAAAUGAACGACCCCUCAAGUGGUGAGGGUGUGAAAAAAGUGUUAAAUUCUAAAACUGAAGUUUCGACCCAAUCUAAGCCUAUUGUUUAUGCAAGACCUGUGUCAUCACUGCCAAGGCCUGGUUCGGCCGCAUCAUCUGGAACACCAGACUCCCAGACCAAGGUUCGAAAUCCUAGCUACACGCCAACCAAGCCGUAUCAUGAAGUAAAUAAUCCGUCCUCGAAACCGCCAAUUUCGGCUGUGACGAAAGUGCAGCAGACGACAGAAACUGUUAUAAGUGUUAAGGCUGAUCCACCUAGGGGAAAUACAUACAAGGCUCCUACGAACAUUACUAAAAUGAACGAUUUGAAACAAUCCAGUGCAAACCAGAGUGGCAGUAGUUCAAAAGAAUCGAGUGCUAGCUCUGGAACAAUAUAUUACAGGAAGGAAUCAAAGGCAGAUGUUAUGAUUCAUGAGCAGCGACCUCCAGCGGUAGGGGCACCUGCAAGACCUCUUAAAGGUGCAGAGAAGGGGUCAAGGACAAAUUUGACAUCAGGAUCAGAGUUGGACGAGGGCGCUGAUGAUGAGUCAGAAGUUCCGUCAGGGGAGCGUAUGCCCGGAGACGGCGAGGCGAGCGUCGAAGACGACGAGGAUUAUGAUGACUACGAUGAUGAAGAUAUGGUAGAUGAUUUAGAUGAUGACUGUAUAGGAGGAUCUGACGGAGAAUCUGACGGAUAUUCCUUCACUAGCAGUAGUAUGUCACUAAUGUCACGACGAUCAUCAUCUGCUCAUCGUCUGAAGGCUCGCGCAUUCAGUGCGACAGGAAGUGACAUAGGAUCGGUCAGUCGACCUCAGACAGCCUCGCCGGACAGGACAGUAAAGCCACCACUUAUCCACAGCCAUUUUCCUAACAUUCCGCCUGUCGUUACAUUUGUUGCCGAGGGGGAUAAAGUUGAACAGCUGCCUUGGGAUUACAGGAAGUUUUUAAAGUGGCGAUUGAGUCCGAUCACUCCGAAUGUCGUUAAACACUGCCUUGCUAGGUCUGGAUUUAGAAUAACUAAACGUAACCAUGAUUGGUUAGGCUGCUGGGGUAAACAUAUGAAAUCUCCAGGUUUCAAAGCUCUCAGGGAAUACCAGAAGUUAAACCAUUUCCCAGGAUCAUUUCAAAUAGGUCGUAAAGAUCGCCUAUGGAGGAACUUGUCCAAGAUGCAGGUCCAUUUUGGCAAGAAAGAAUUUGGGUUUUUCCCACAGACCUAUUGUCUUCCGAUGGAUGCUAAACUUCUGAAACGUGCAUUUGAAGAUGGUGGACCAAAACAGAAAUGGAUUAUUAAGCCUCCUGCAUCGGCCAGAGGUAUUGGGAUCAAAGUCAUCAAUAAAAUCACUCAGGUACCAAAGAAACGUCCAGUCAUUGUUCAAAGAUAUUUAGGUCGGCCUUAUUUAAUCAAUGACAGCAAAUUUGAUCUACGUAUAUACGUAUAUGUGAGUUCGUAUGACCCUCUCAGACUGUACGUGUUUGAAGAUGGAUUAGCCAGAUUUGCAUCUACGAAGUAUUCCAACUCCAUGAAACAUCUAGCCAACAAGUUCAUGCAUCUUACAAACUACAGUGUAAAUAAAAAGAAUGCAGACUACCAGGCUAAUGCUGAUGAUACAGUGUGUCAAGGUCAUAAAUGGAGUUUAAAAGCAUUGUGGAACUACAUGAAACGACAGGGUGUGAAUACUUCAGCAGUUUGGGAGAAUAUGAAAGAUCUCAUAAUUAAAACAAUUAUCAGUUCAGACGGACCGGUAAACAGUUUGAUUAAGGCUAACUGCAAGAGCCGUUAUUGUGUACAUGAGCUGUUUGGCUUUGAUAUUCUUCUGGAUGAAAGCUUGAAGCCAUGGAUUCUUGAAGUUAACAUAUCACCAAGUUUACAUUCCAACUCUCAGCUUGACAUCAACAUAAAAGGUCAUAUGAUCAAGGACCUGUUUAACAUUUCCGGUAUACGUGUACCGGACAAACACGAUCUAGUCCAACAUCCGCCACAGACCAGCGGACCACCAGAUCUCAGUAUGUAUGUCCCGCCAAACAAUGUGUGCAUGGAUAAACGUUUGUUCAGUCAACAGUUAUCACCUGACGAGAGGGCAAAACAUGCUUAUUACAGUCAGAGGCAUCAAGAUGAGCAAGUUCAGCAGUCAAUACUUGACAUCCUGACGCCCGACGACAUCCGGUUCCUGACUGAGAGUAUUGACGAGGACGGUCGUAAAGGAGGGUUCCAGCGAGUGUUUCCCACGCCAACCACUCACAAAUAUCUGAAAUAUUUCGAAACUCCAAGAUAUUAUAAUCUUCUGCUAGACCAGUGGGUGCAAAGAUUCAACCGAAUGGAGCAAAGAGGAAUAGCAUUACUUCAGUCAUAUUGUGAGGAUGGUAUUCAUCUUGAAAUUAAUACAGACAGUCCAAAUCAUCAGUGGAACCCACCUAGUGCAACAUGUCAUACAUUCCGGGAGAAUCGUCUUCUUAGUGCGCCAUUGUCUAAACACAAGGAAAUGGAAACCUUGAAAACUAGAGGAAAACUCAUAAUAUGUAAAUCAUCGCCACAAAAAUUUGGUUACACCACACCAAAUUUAGAGGACAUGUUACCAGCUAUGUCCGUGCAAAGACCGAGGUCUUGCCUACCGAGGUCUUGCCUACCGCGGCCGGUUUCGAGAAACAAUAAAAGAAACACACAAAUGAUCUUGUAUAGGCGGAGAAUCAUGCUUCUGUCGAGGGUGACUGUCAGUCCGUCUACCCCCGUUGCAGGAACUAUUUAGUGGUGUCCUACCAGUUUUUGCGUCCUCCAAGUACCAGCGACAAACCAUGAGAAUUGUACAGCAAGAAAUCAAACAGCCACUAGCAAGAAAAUCGAAGAAGAGGAUGAAAUUGAAAACAGAGCAAGUGUUCCGUAAAGGACAACAACAAUAAUGAAAUCUCUACGUUCAGUCUUCAAUAAGUUGUAAACCAGUCUAUUUGUGAUACGUUCUAACUUUUGCUUAGCAGGUGUUCCCUAAAAGACAACAACAGUAAUAAAAUCUCUACGUCCAGUCUAUCAUAAGCUGUGUACCACUCCAUUUGUGAUACGUUCUAACUAUUGCUUAGCAGGUGUUCCCUAAAGGACAACAACAGUAAUAAAAUCUCUACGUCCAGUCUAUGAUAAGUUGUGAACCUGUCUAUUUGUGAUACGCUCUAACUUUUGCUUUCAACUAUCCUAUAUCUUUUUCUUUGUAAAUAGAAGUAAUAAUGAAAGUCUGCUUGGCCAUACACAAUUGCAAUAUACAUAAGAAACUAUGAGUCAGUAUUGGCCAUGUUUCAAAGUGUAUUGUAAAUACUCCAUCUAGACUGUGAUAUUUUUGUAUAUUGCAAGCUUUUUGGUUGAAUUGGCUAAAAUAGGAGUUUUAAGUGUGGUAUUUGCGCCUAUUUUACUUUAAAAGCAUUGAUGUGAAAAAAGUUGUAUACUGUCGACAUUCUACAACAUAUACUUGUAUAGUUGUUAUUGUAUGAACUGUCAUGUGAUACAACAGUUUUAACUAUGCAGACAUGUAUAUAUAUUAACAAAGUGAGGUGCUUACAAUGUUUAAUGGCCCAUUAAUGCCUCAGAAAUGCUUUUACCUUUUUGAAAGCUUUUUCAAUGUUCAUGCACAUUUAAAGUAUUUUAAAAUGUUACUCAUGGGCAAAUUACCUGAAUCAUCACUUUUCUUCUUUUACUUUUUGGCAAUAAGUUAUAUAUAACUUUUAUAUAAUUGUAAAGAAAUAAAAAUUUAUUUAUUUCUGAGGCAUAAUGUGCCUUUAAAACAAAAGUGACAUGUCAUUGCAAGAGGUGAUAUCGUAAGAUCACUCUAAACUUGUGUUCCCCAACAAGACUUUAUGCUGGUAACAAAUGAGCUGCACUAUUACAAACCAACAUAGUGAGUUUGCGAUCAGCAUGG